AUGGGUCGUGAAACUCCGAGAAAAAGAGAUGGAAGAAGCGGCGAUUCCCAUUCCCAUUCGACGCCAGAGGUAAUCGACCUUGAAACUUUUCGCUUCUCCGGCAAGCGACCCAUCUCAUCCGUCAUCAACCUUUCCGAUGAAGAAGACGAAGACGUUAAGAUCAUCAGUUUCAUUCCGAAAACUAUCCCUUCCACAAAACGUAAAAGAAACAACAUUGAAAAAGGAGAGUCUUCAAACUCAAAUAACACCCCUUUCGUUUGUGAAAUCUGUACUGACACUAAAACAAUGAAGGAUGCUUUCUACAUCAGCGGUUGUUCUCACGUAUAUUGCUCUGAUUGCGUGGCCAUGUACAUUGGUUCCAAGCUUGAAGAAAACAUCGUCAAAAUUCAGUGUCCUUUUCCAGGGUGCAAAGGUUCCUUGGAGGCGGAUUUUUGCCGUUCUAUUCUUCCGGCCAAGGUUUUUGAACGGUGGGGUAAGGCGCUUUGUGAGGCUUUGUUCGAUGUUUCGAAUAAAUUCUAUUGUCCAUUUCCAGACUGUUCAGCACUUUUGAUCGAUGAUGGAACGGAAGCUGUUAGAAAUUCAGAAUGCCCUAAUUGUAAUAGGAUGUUUUGUGCACAAUGUAAAGUUCCAUGGCAUGAAGGAUUCAAAUGCAACAAGGUCGAGAAGCUGAAUGCCGAUGAGACGAAGAAAGAGGAUGUCAUGUUGAUGCGCCUAGCUAAAAAGAAGAAAUGGAUGAGAUGUCCCAAAUGCAGAAUUUAUGUUGCUAGAUCUAUGGGCUGCGACCACAUGGGUAAUUUUCACCUUAAACAAGACACAGCUCAGAGGACUGGGCCCAUCCCAAACUCCCAACAACACAUAUCAAUUGCAUCUCUGCCUUACACAACAUCCCCUAAUGGUUCCAGCAAAAGAGAGGUUCCCCCUUCACCUCAUAAAGCGAAUAGCAUUGCAUAG